AUGGCACAUAGUAGCACUUGGCAGAGUAUCCAUGAAGGUCUUGGACAAGAUAUUCAGAUGCUAUUAUGUGUCUAUACCAACCAAGAUCAGAAUAAUGCAAGCAGUGUAUUCCCUGUGACACCACCUGUUAGCAAAAAAUUUGAAGUUCUUAUUUCCAUGAUGAUCAGAAAUCAAACAAAGAUUGCAGAAUUUGUCCUUCUAGGAUUUGGGGAAUUCUAUAAAGUACAAACACUUCUUUUCUUGAGCUUCUUAGUCAUUUAUGCUGUAGCCUUAACUGGAAACGCUCUUAUUGUGGCACUAGUUCUCUUUGAUCGCCACCUUCAUACGCCCAUGUACUUCUUUCUGGGGAACCUCUCCUUCUUGGAGGUUUUCUACACUUCCAAUAUUUUUCCAAGAGUGCUUUCUGCUCUUCUUACUGGGAACAAAAUGAUUUCAUUUAACAGCUGCUUCACCCAGUGGUAUCUCUUUGGUUCCUUAGAGGCUACAGAAUGUUGCUUACUCUGUGCAAUGUCUUAUGACCGAUAUCUGGCUAUUUGUAAACCACUGCACUAUGCAGCAAUCAUGCAAGCCCAAACCUGCAUCCAACUCGUAGUUGCAUCUUGGGUCAAUGGAUUUGUAACGUUUGUGAUAUUGCUUCAUCUGAUGUUACAAUUAACGUUUUGUGGCUCCAAUGAAAUGGAUCACUAUUUUUGUGACUACUUCUCACUUCUUAAUCUCUCUUGCACUGACACUAGCUUGAUAGAAAUUAUGGGUUUCAUUCUGGCUGUGCUAUUCACACUUCCACCUUUUCUCCUAACUCUGAUCUCUUACAUAUAUAUCAUAGCUGCUGUUUUGAAAAUUCCUUCUACCACUGGAAGACAAAAAGCUUUUUCUACCUGUUCCUCUCACUUGCUUGUGGUUUCCAUUUUUUAUGGUUCGCUCAUGGUGGUGUAUAUGCUACCAAAGAAUAAUGUGAAUAGAAAUACACAAAAAAUUUCCUCUCUGUUAUACACAGCUUUGCCUCCUCUCACUAAUCCUUUUAUAUACAGCCUAAGAAACAAGGAAGUCAAAGAGACACUGAGAAAUAGCAUUAGACA